AGGCGGACUCACUCAGCAUCCGAGCUUUCGUCAGACUCGUCGGUGCUCGUGUAACAGAGUUCGUUACACCCGUGCGGCGGUCGCCUCUUGUCUCGGGCUACACCGGCGGUUUGCGAUCGGCACGAAAUGGCGCUGAGGGAACCCCUGUCUCGUCUCCUGCGGACUCAGCUCAGCCACGUCUGCCGACAGAGCAGGGCGCACUCCGUGGCUAUAUUGGGCGCCCCGUUCUCCAAAGGACAGAAAAGAAGAGGCGUGGAGCGCGGCCCCAAAGUCAUCAGGGACGCGGGUCUGGUCGAGAGGCUCUCGAAUUUGGACUAUCCGGUUCACGACUUCGGAGACCUCAACUUCCACCACCCUGAGAAGGACGAGCCGUUCAUGCAGGUGCCGUUCCCGCGCACAGUGGGCCGCGCCAACAAGCUGCUGUCCGACGCCGUGAGCAGCGCCGUCGGGGCGGGACACACCUGCGUCAUGCUGGGAGGCGAUCACAGCCUGGCUAUCGGCUCCGUGGAAGGCCACGCCCAGCAGUGCCCUGACCUGGGCCUCAUCUGGGUAGACGCCCACGCUGAUGUGAAUACGCCCAUGACCUCGCCCUCGGGGAACAUCCAUGGUCAGUCUGUGGCCUUCAUGCUUAAAGAGCUGCAAGACAAGAUGCCAGACAUCCCAGGAUUCUCCUGGAUGAAGCCCUUCCUGUCCUCCAGUGACCUGGUCUAUAUCGGACUGCGAGACGUUGACCCUGGAGAGCACUACAUCCUAAAGAACUUGGGUAUCCAGUACUUUUCCAUGAGGGACAUCGACAGACUUGGCAUCCAGAGGGUCAUGGAAGUCACCCUUGACCACCUUUUGGCGAGGAAACAGCGGCCAAUCCAUCUGAGCUUCGACAUUGAUGCAUUUGACCCCUCCCUGGCUCCUGCCACGGGGACACCGGUGAACGGAGGUUUGACUUACAGAGAGGGGAUGUACAUCACAGAAGAAAUCCACAACACAGGCCUGCUGUCAGCCAUGGACCUGGUGGAAGUGAACCCCGUCCUGGGAGCCAGCCGCGAAGCCGUGGAGGCCACCGCCUCGCUGGCAGUGGACGUCAUCGCCUCUUCGUUGGGACAGACGAGGGAAGGAGCUCACGUGCCCGUCCACGAGAUUCCCUCGGCCAAGGAAGACACUGAGCAGCUCCGACUCUGAGAGGGAGGGAGCGGGCGCGACGGACUUUACGGACUUGAUGUCCCCGAGCAUUCCAGAACUUUUGAAGGAAACGUGAAUCCGACUGUAGCUAGAGCUGUAAAUAUUCAUUUCUUUCUCGCUGUAGUCGUAACUCUUAUGUUCAACCGUUAGUCGUGUCUGAAGACACCGCAAACGCACGGAAGGUCCUCGCCAUUAUAACGAUUUAAGCGCUCGCCGCUACUGGUGAGACAAAGCCUUUUGUGACACCAUUACUCAAACCUUUGUCAGUGUUUUUUUUUUUUUUUGAAGUGGUAUUAAUUUCAAAUAGCAAGACUAAGUCGUUAUGAUUCACUAUCAGUUCCCCCGAAUAAUCCAGUUUGCAAAGGGUCGUUGCUGCUACAAAUUAAGUGGGCAUGUGUCUGGUUUUGACAAGUAAGUUGCGCCCCUGCCCCAGAGGCACGAUAUUUUAAUUGGACGACGAACAAUAAUGUUAUUUUUGCUCGGAUAAAAAAAAAUUUGCACUUUU